GUACAGGUAAUUGAGCAUUGGAGUCCGGGAGUCUUCGUUGAAUCUUCGCUGGUGGUUUCUUCAGUUGUCCGCCGACCGGCUGAGUGAAAACAGUGCCUUGGGAGUCCCUUUGUGACUUUGUUUUCAAUCCCAGGGAUGUUUUUGUCAGUGGCUGAGGAAUACCUUGACAUGCGCCUGUGAAUGCGCUUCCGGAAGGCCAUCAGAGCCCCCCAUCCAGCCCAGCCCAGCACACAUCCAGAGAGGGAGUCCGGAGAUGACAGAGAGACCCUUCUGUGCCGUCCUUCCGCAACAGCUGAAAUUCAACGACGAAAUUGUGCUCAAAGGGAAGAUCAAAGACAACGCCAGCGUUUUCUCCGUGAAUUUUUGCCUGGAAUCCAGCCCAACGCCUUCUUACAUUGCCUACCACUUCAAGACUCUGUUCAGGGUGGAUCGGGAAGUGGGAGUGAUCCACAAUCACAAGAACAAUUCAUGGGGUGAGGAAAUUGUGGAGUCAAAUACGUGGAUUGAUGGACCUGGUGAGGAAUUCAUCCUGACCUUCUUGUUCACCAAUCGGGACAUAACUGUCUACACGGACGACGACAACCGGUGCUUCCAGUACAAAUACGACCAUCAGCUGGACAUUGGAGACAUCAGGACUGUCCAGAUCUGGGAUGAUCUGGAGUAUAUCAGGGAGGUGAUCUUCCGGUAUAAGCACCCAAGUGAAAAUAGUAUCUGAAAAGAGCCUCCUCUCUGUCGCUCCCUGAAAGCCCGCCGCUCGAAGCAGAGAAAAAAAAUUCCAUGGAAAACACAUUAAAUGUUCGUCGAAGGCAAUUUCACUAUUAAGUUGCUCUCCAGUUGGUGUUGCUCUUUCUCGCUCCUUCUCUCUUCUCAAUUCUUUUUCCCGGGAAGCAAUCACCGGAGCCCCCGCACACAACAAACACACACACCUUGGAUGUUAAUGUACGUUCGCCAAUUUGAAUUUUUAAUUUGUUUUUAUAGAGAAUUACAUAGCGUAGUAAAAUGGUUAAGAAUUUA